GGCCGGGGACGGGGGGAGGACGGAGACUUCGAAGCAGCGUCUGAGAUUCCGAAGGAGGCCGUACCGGUACCGGUGCGCACGAGGCGCACGUUAACCACCAGCCCCCUUAUUUUAGGGGGAAGGAUAAAUGGAUGAAAACAGAUAUAGAAUAUGCUUUGCGAAAAACCCCCUUAAGCCCUCUCGGGAGCUCAUUUUGUCGUCGUUCUUCCCACCGGAUAACUGCGUCUUUAUCUGAACCGCGAGUCCAGCAGCGAGAGAGACGGAGAAUCUUCCUCCAUUUCGAUGGCGUCAGCGAUCUCCUUGCACAGCCCUCCCCUCCUCCUCUUGCAGGGUACUAACAGUAAAGACAUUACCGAAAUGGGUAAGGCACCUACAAGCUCUCACGUUGCUAACAUGCAGCAAAGGAAGUAUGGGGCAACAUGCUGUGUGGCAGGGGGAUUAACAUCUAGAUCUCGCUAUGCCUCCAGCUCGGCACUCCGACAAUUUUCUAAAACAGCCCCCAUCAAAUACGACAGGAUGGUUGAGAUCAAGUCUAUGGCCACUGACUUGGGUCUGCAGGCGAAAGUAACAAACAAAUGCUUCUUUGAUGUGGAAAUCGGGGGAGAACCUGGUGGUAGAAUAGUCAUUGGCCUCUUUGGAGAUGAUGUUCCAAAAACUGUUGAGAACUUCCGUGCUUUAUGCACAGGUGAAAAGGGAUAUGGCUACAAAGGAUGCUCGUUCCAUCGUAUCAUUAAGGAUUUUAUGAUCCAGGGGGGGGAUUUCACUAGAGGAAAUGGAACUGGAGGAAAGAGCAUCUAUGGUUCAAGUUUUGAAGAUGAGAACUUUGCAUUGAAGCAUGUUGGACCUGGAGUAUUGAGCAUGGCUAAUGCUGGUCCUAACACUAAUGGGAGCCAAUUUUUCAUAUGCACUGUGAAGACUCCAUGGUUGGACAAUCGCCACGUUGUGUUCGGACAUGUCGUUGACGGGAUGGAUGUUGUGCGGAAACUUGAAUCUCAGGAGACAAGUCGAUCGGAUGUGCCUCGGCAGCCAUGCAGAAUUGUGAACUGUGGGGAGCUUGCCCUGGAUGGUUGAUUCACAUGAGUUGGCCGGUUGCAAUGCGGAGCACAAAUUUUGGUAAUGCGUUCCGGUUUUGUCAAGUUUCAUAUGGCAGCUCUUUGUCGGGUCAGGAUUUUUUUUUAAAACUGGAAGUUCAUGUUCGCUUAGUGACUCCAUUGGCGAUUCCGACUUCUGUGGUAGCCCAUGAAAUUUGGGUUCUGUCUCGCAAUUGUUUCACAAGGAAAGUGAAUUUUCAAAUGACCCGUAAUUUUACUCAUGCGGCUCUGAUAAUGCGAAGUGCUAAGUCUUUUGAGGCUCUGAUGUAG